CUCACUGGUCAGUGCUGAUUUUGCCGCAAAUUCACUCACAAAGAUCUACCCGUACACAUUUGGCCAGAAGCCAGGACUGAAGUCAGUGUAUCUCCAUAACAACAAACUGACAGAUGCAGGGCUACCAGAGAACAUGUUUAACGGUUCUGACAGCCUAGAGGUUCUCAUCAUGUCCAGUAACUUCCUCCGCUACGUCCCUAGGAACCUGCCCUCUGCUCUCUACCGCCUACAUCUAAAGAACAACAUGCUGGAGAAGAUCCCUUCAGGGGCGUUUGAUAGCCUGACCCAGCUCAGAGAGCUCUACCUACAGAACAACCUGCUUAGCAACGAAGGCAUGGACAACGAGACCUUCAGCCAGUUGACCAAGCUGGAGUAUCUGGACCUGUCCAACAACAACCUGAGUGUGGUUCCUCAGGGUCUGCCUCGAGGUCUGAUACUGCUACACCUAGAGAAGAACAACAUCCGCAGUAUCCCUGGCGAUGCCCUCAUAGCCUGCCGUAACCUGGAGUACCUACUGCUGCACAACAAUCAGCUACGCUCCCGCUCCAUACACCAAGCUGCAUUCCAUGGCCUGAAGAAGCUACACACCCUCCACAUGUACAACAACCAGCUGGAGCGUGUCCCCAGGGGUCUACCCCGCCGAGCCAAGACCCUUAUGCUGCUUCACAACGGCAUCAACGAGAUUGGACGCAAUGACCUGGUGAUGCUUUAUACCCUGACCGAGCUUAACCUCAGCUACAACCGCCUCAUUAGCCCCAAGCUGCACCGAGAAGCUUUCAGGAAGCUGCGUCUGCUGGAGACCUUGGACCUGUCAGGGAAUGCCCUCCACUCCCUGCCCCUGGGGCUUCCCCGCUCCCUGCAGGUCCUCCGGGUGAAGGACAACCAGCUGACCUCCAUACCAGAGGGGGCGCUGCAGGGCAUGUCCAAGCUCAGGGAGAUCCACCUCAACCACAACCAGCUCAAACUCAACUCCAUCUACCAGGGAGCCUGGAUGGAGCUCAGAGCUCUGACGACGUUGGACCUGUCCAGUAACCAGCUGUCCCAUGUCCCCUCUGACCUGCCUGAGUCUCUGGAGUACCUGUACCUUCAGUCCAAUCGUAUCAGCACUGUCCCUGCCACUGCCUUCGAGGGCACCCCCAACAUCAAGGGCAUCUUCCUACGGUUCAACCGUCUGUCACCCCACUCUGUGAAGGAGAGCUCCUUCAAACACCUGACCAACCUGCGGGUGCUAGACAUUGGCCACUUGAGUCACUCCGACCCCUCUGGCUCCCCCGGACCCCCCUUCGGACAAGAGGAAGAGGAGGAGGAAGAGAUAGAGAUAGAGGAAGUGGGAGAGGGAUUUGCUUAAUAAGUUUAGCCCAUGGACACAAGCUGCUUGAAUGAUUGGAACCAAAUGGUGCAGUUAUUUGAGAUGCCAUCCCAAAGUCCUGUUAUUUUGAACGUACAGAAACAUUUAUUUUUGCAGUAGAUCAGUCUCAAUUCAAAAAUGUAAAUUAAACUAUGAAUGGAAGGGGAACGUGGUAUUUUGUCCCAUUGCAUAUAGUCGUGAAUUGCAGAUGCACAUAUCUCUGGUGCAGGAUACUAGAUGAAAUUGUAUUUUUGUUUAUUGUAUUUUUUAUUUUUCUGGCCUUUGCUUGUCUAUGCAACGACAGAUACAGUUGAUUUUUGUUCAUCCCAAAUUGCACCCCAUUCACUAUUGUUUGCACUACAUUUGACUAGGGCCUAUAGGGCUCUGGUCAAAAGUACUGCACUAUAUAGGGAAUAGUGUGCCAAUUGGGACACCGCUUGUCUCACCACCAGGUUAGUGUAACCAGAAAGAAAGAGACAGUCAGACCUCAUAUGUUGAUCAUGCUGUAUGAGUCCCAUCUCUGAACUUUACUGUAUGCUAGCUGUGUCACCAUACAAAUAAGAUUUGAAGUUAUUGUCAUCAGUUCUGAGCCUGUAUUCAUACAGAUGUAGGAUCUUAAGGAAAUGUAAAUUGUGUACCGUAGUGUAAGGUUUCUCGAGUUUGUAAUUCUCACUUUGAAAUUUCAGACUUGAUUUUCCAUUGCAAAAGAAUAUAUCAACUCCUACAAAGAUGUUCAUGAAUUAUAAUCCACAUAAUAAUUCACAUUUCCUGUUGUUGCAGGAUUAUUUUCCUGCUGUAGCAAACUGGCUCAAAUGAAGAUCCUACAUCUGUACAGUAAAGACUAGGAGUACUGAUCUUGGAUCAGAUCCCCGCUCUUAUUCAUUAUGGUCUAAAAGGCUAAACUGAUCCUAUAUCAGCACUCCUACUCUGUGAUGCUUUGUGGAUACUGGCUCUGGCUGUGAUUGUGUGUCAUGGCCUGGUAAGACAGUCUGGCUUUAUGUCAUUCUGUUAUUCUUAUAUCAUCGUUAAUAUGCCACAGAAGUUCCGUGACUGUGUCACAAUCUCCUCCCUCGCUCAGCCUACCAGGAGCUUGAUCCAUGCUGCUAAUCUAAUGCCUUGCUUUAAUCCAGUCUUGUUUUACAAUGAUAACGAUUGCAAAUAUUUGUAUAUGGUUUCUGAAAAACUCAUGCUAUUAAAUUAAUCUUGUUGCUAUGAA